AUAAGGGAGGGGGAGGCGUUAGGAUGAUGGGAAAGCCAACGUAAUUGCAUAAAAACCCCAGCGGUCUUCAGUCGGAUGUCCUGUUGCUUCACGAGCAUCACCAAGCCUUCAGCUCUCCAGCUUUCCACAGCGACAGAGAACAGAACGAGAUCAACUAUGAGCCGCUCUUCAAUGCCUAACUCCACUUCCUACAGGCGCACUUUUGGAAGCCCACACCCCAUCUCCAUGGCCUCCUAUCCUUCCGUGUCCCGUAUAACCCAUUCUGGGGGACGCUAUAUGCGUUCAGGGUCACCUGUGGUGGCAUCCCGCUCCACCACCUACCACCAACAGCGCUCCCGCUCCACCCCUCAGCCCCCUCGCCUCACCUACGACAAGGUGGACUUCACCCUGGCUGAAGCCAUCAACCAGGAGUUCUUAACCACCCGCAGCAAUGAGAAGGCCGAGCUGCAGGAGCUCAACGACCGCUUUGCCAGCUUCAUCGACAAGGUGCGCUACCUGGAGCAGCAGAAUGGUGCAUUGCAGGAGGAGCUCAACCAGUUCAAGGGUCAGCAGCAUGGCCAGCCCAACCGCGCCUCUGACCUGUUCCAAGAGGAGCUGAGGGAGCUGCGGCAGCAGAUGGAUGCCAUCGGCAAGGAGAGGGACCAGUACCUGAUGGAGAGGGACAACCUGGCCGAAGACCUGACUCUGCUCAAGCAGAGGUUGGAUGAGGAAGCUCAGAAGAGGGCGGAUGCUGAGAAUAACCUGGUUGCAUUCCGUAAGGAUGUGGAUGAUGCAACGUUGUCCCGUCUGGAGUUGGAAAGAAAGAUCGAGUCUCUGAUGGAUGAGAUUGAAUUCCUUAAGAAGCUCCACGAUGAAGAAAUCCAGGACGUGCAAGUGAGUGUCCAGACCCAGCAGCUGAGCAGGGAGGUGGUCAGCAGCUCCAGGCCUGAUUUGACUGCUGCUCUGAGGGACAUCAGGGCUCAAUAUGAGACCAUCGCCUCAAAGAACAUGCAGGAGUCUGAGGACUGGUACAAGUCCAAGUUUGUGGAUUUGACUGAGUCUGCGAAGCGCAACACUGAUUCUCUGAGGCAGGCCAAGCAAGAGGCCAAUGAGUCCAGGAGGCAGAUCCAGUCCCUCACCUGUGAAGUUGAUGCAAUGAAGAACACGAAUGAAGCUCUGCUGAGGCAGAUGCAGGAAAUGGAGGACCAGUUUGGCAAUGAGAUUGCCAACUACCAGGACAAUGUAGGCAGACUGGAGGACGAGAUCCGCCAUCUGAAGGACGAGAUGGCUCGCCACCUUAGGGAGUACCAGGACCUGCUCAAUGUUAAAAUGGCUUUGGACAUUGAGAUUGCCACUUACCGUAAACUGCUGGAGGGGGAGGAGAGUAGGAUUACGGUCCCAAUCUUAAACAUUGGCAUGAGCAAUCACCAUGGAGACCGAGACUAUGAACCAAUUCCAAGCGGUGCCAGCAAGAGGACUGUGCUGAUAAAGACUGUUGAGACUAGAGACGGAGAGGUGGUGAAGGAAUCCAGGAGGGAGGCGGACAGGGACUCAGGCCGCAGUGAUAGAAGUGACAAGGACGACAAGGACGACAAGGACGAAUAGAUGAAAACCAAUUAGAAAAUGUGAAGGCCAGUGCCAUUAAGAAAAAAGAAUACAUGAAAAAAGAGAAAAUUAGAAAUUAGAAAAAAGAGUAACUGGUACAUGUAUAUACACUCACUCCUACUAGUUAUAUGCUUAUCCUUUGAGCAAAGAGUCUUUCAGUUUAGGUGCAAUGUUGAAUGAAUCCCUUUAGACAGUGUCACCUUGGUGCUAUUCAAGCCGCCGAACUUUUGCUAAACGCUUGUGUCAUCUGUAGGACUACGCAAAACCACUUUAUUAACGUACCACCUGAGGCCUUCAUUUACAGUGCAAUCCUGUGGAGUGCUUAGACGACCACACAUUCGUAGCAGUGUAUUAAACUACAGGCUAAAAUAUAUACUUUAAAUGCAUGAUGUUAGAAGAUUGUGUCAUAGAAAUGACAUACUAACAAACCCUUAGAAACUGCCCUUUGGUCAACACAGGUCGAGAAUAAAACCAGAUGUUGGCAUUUGUAUUAGAAGCUUUGCUAUUCUCUUAUUGAGCAAAACACUCCAUCACCGAAGACAUGGAUCAUUAAUACACAUGUAGCACAUACGAAAUGUUGACCGUGAAAAUACAACAGCCACCGACUGAAAAGACUUUAGCUGAAUGUGCUUUGCAAUGCUGUGUGUAUCUGGCAAGUCUGAAGAAUGAACAUGUAAACGCAAAUAAAGUUAAUUCGAGCAAA